AUGGCGAACGACGAACGCGACACAGAAGCCAUUUUAAGCGCUCUGCUAAAUUUCUGUCGUAGCGGCAGAGGGAAAAAAGUAGAACACCAGGAGGACAACCUGAAUCGGUUCUUUUGUGACAUCACCCAGUUUUUCAUGACACACGUGGAUAAAAAGGAACUAGCCAUGCGCAUAAGUAACCACAUAGCUAGCCAAGUCGAAGGAAAGAAUCAGCUGGACGAGAAAACAUACGAGCAAAUCCAAAUUUUAAUUCUUUUUUUAAAUUCGCUAUAUAAAAGAUACUUCAGUAAAGAAUUCCUCAACAUUGACACGUCUUGGAUAGUCUACUUGAUCAAAUCAAACGGGUUCAAGAACCCGAUUUUAUUUAAAUUCUUGACAGAUGUGCUCGUCUUAACGUUUGAAGUGAGGGAACCAGGGGAGACGAACGGCACCCAGCAGCUUCUGCUCCUUUUACUAAGGUGCAUAAGGAGAAGGGUGGAGACAGACGUUAGAGAGAACAAAGAAAUUUUCCUUUUUUACAGAAAGGUGCAACGGUGGUUUAGGUCGCGCAGUGGGUUCGCGAGUGAGUUUGGAGAGGCAGACGAGGGGGGGGAUGAUGAACCGGACAAGGCGCCCCUUGUAGGGGGCCUCCCCUAUGAUGAGCUCCUGCGCAGUGAAGAAUUUCAUUUCAGGGCCUUGUGUCACUUGUUCGCGUUGGUGGUGGAGAAGGUGGGGAGGAGGGUCACGGAGGGGGGUGCGGAGGCGGGGAGGAGCCCAGACAUGGAAAGCACCAGGCACGCCGGGCACUCCAAACGGAGGGGACAAGGCGAAAAGGGCCAAGACGGUCAAAACGGCCAAAAGGGCCAAGGCGGCCAAAACGGAGAACCCUGCGAAGGAACCGCUAUAUGGCGGCUCCCCCAAGUGAAGUACAUCGCGAGGGACAUUCUGCAUCUCCUCCCGUUUGUAAGCAACCCCUCGAUGCGCGAUGUGAUAAUAAAGGAUCUCUGCAAUACGGCGAAGGAGUACCUGUUCACUAGGUGCGAGAUGGAAGAAGUAUGCCUGGACGUGACGCAGCGGAUGUUUUUUUGUGUCAGUAACGGCAGGGAGGUGGAGCUAGACGCACUAAAGGAAGGAGACGUGGUGGAAGGUGCAGACGUGGGGGAAGGUGCAGACGUGGGGGAAGGCGCGGGGGAGACUUGUCGGGAAGCCACGCCCCUGAUGAGCACCUACCUCGCCUACAACUCAAACUGCUACGCGAAAGAAUGGAGAGAGACGAAUGACGAGCUGCUAAGCGAUGUGUAUACAUACCAAGUGCUCUACAUGGAGUACCUCUACCAUGGGAAUUUUUUAACCAAGGCCAACUUAGACGAUGUGCGUUUUUUCUUGCUACUCCAUAACAGGGCAUACACUAGCGAAGCAAUCGUGAAGAAGGUAAUGUACCUAUUCGAUGGCAUCGUAAGUGGGGUCGAGGGAGUUACCCACAGGAAGGGAAAAAGGGAGAAGCUGCACGAAGGGGGACAAUAUGGAGAAGCCUGGGAACUCUACACGUGCAUCUUAAGGUGCAUGCAAAAUUUUUCUGUCCAUUUGUUAAAAGCGAAUUGGCACAAAAUGGCUAGUCUGUUGCGCAUCGUCAGUUCGGUUAGGAGGAAGUACGAGGAGAAGCGGAAGGGAAAGUGGUCGUCAAAGGGGUCAUCAAAGGGGUCGUCAAAUGGACCGUCAAAGGGGUCACCAAGACUGCCGGACGAAUGGCAUGGCACCCCUGGAAGUGUUUUCCGCAGUGUGAACGCUGGUGAAGGGGCCAGUCGAGGGAGCACCACAGGCGGCACGCCCGAACCCUUUGACGACUUGGACUUUUACAUUUUUCAGUGCUGUGCAGGGAGCGACGUGGGGAAGGGAGAAAUAAGAUUUUUGCAUCUGUCUGAUUUUUUGAUUUUGCGGCAGGCGGAGCUUCUCAUUUGGCUGCUGCUUCGGCAUAGCAACGGGACGGUGACUCGAUUUGCUCUUUGCCAGUUGGUGAGUCGAGGCGACAUGGGGAGGGAAGAACUGGGGUGCACGUCGGGGGGAGUAGCGAAAGGAGUAGCGAAAGGAGCAGCGAAAGGAGCAGAGAAAGGAGCAGCGAAAGGAGCAGCGAAAGGAGCAGCGAAAGGAGCAGCGAAAGGAGCAGCGGAAGGAGUAUCGCAAGGCGUAGCGGAAGAGGAGGCUAACCCUCUUGGUGGAACUUCCACCGGAGGGGCGACCCAACAGGAUGGGUCACUCGACGUGGAGACCCUCCUCGACUGCAUGAGCGACACGUUCCUUUUCCACAUUUUUUUUGACGAGUGCAUAAGGCCAACGCUCUUCAUCAAAGGAGACAUUCCGUUUUUUGAAUUUCGCUUGAAGAACCUGAUCGUGUCGAAAGUGUUAAAGAGGAACCCCCUUUUAAUGGCUAAGUAUUUUUUGGUUGGCCUUCACGGGGUGAGGUUUUUUCACGUCAAUAUCCGCGUGGUGUUGGAGGGACUGCUCGAGGCGCUGCGCCUCCUGGGGGGGGGCAGCCCCGGCCAGACAGGCUUGAAAUGCGGCUUGAGGUGCGGCUUGAGGUGCAGCUCGAAGUGCGGCUUGAAAUGCGGCUCGAAAUGCGGCUUGAAAUGCGGCUUGAUGUGCGGCUCGAAGUGCCACUGGAAGGACGACCUGCACGAGGUCCUCGUGGGCAUUGUCAAAAAUGUGAAGAACAUCCCCGUAAGCAGAAGAAGUGAUACCCUGACACUGCUGUUAGAGACUACCAUUAAAAUGAACCACCACGUGAGUAUAUUCAGGAGAGUUAAAAGAUAUUGCAUCUUUUUGGACUCAUUCGAAGAUGAAUUUUUUUGCAAACAUAUGGAGCUAUUUUACUCCUUGCUGAAGUUAAAUAUGGAUUGCAUGACGGAACCAAAUGGAGGGAACAACCCCCAAGAGGGAGGAGGAGCUGUCAUUUCGAUGAAAAAUCCAAUCAGCGAUCUUUUCCUAAGUCGUUUUAUUGGCCACUUAAACUAUAUCCUUCUGUCUAAUCAACAUGUAUACAUUUGGGGAUACCUCCGUUUUUUUAUUUUGCUGGCAAGACAUACAGAUGUGAAGAAUGGCAGCCUCCUCCUCCUCCUGGGUCCACAUGGAGAACAGAUAGACGAACUAGUGAAUCGAUUCCUUUUUUAUGUCCUCAAGUAUGGGGCAGGCAACCUCUUUGAUGAAGUCAGUUUGGAUAAUAUAAUGACGGGGAUUCUUGCAAAGACAGGAAGGUACCUCCUCAGUGAGGGGGUGAACUCUGCAUGUGAAUGGGCUGGAGAGGAGAAGGGGGGUUCGUAUGAGAACCACCUGGAGGGGGACGUCCCCCUGAAGGAGCUCCUCCCGUUUGUGGAUGCCCUCGAGUAUGUGCUGCCCAGCAGCACCAACGAAUUCGCAGAGUGUGACAAAUGCGCAGAGGGUGACCCGUCCACAGAGUGUAUUCAUUAUUACCAUCGAGACUACGCUGUUGAAACGGAGAGGGGGACAUCGUCACUUAACAAACUGAGCAGUGGAACCCUAAACCGAAAGCACAAGGAACGCUUCACCCUCCCGAAGAACCACCUAUUGGUGCAGCCAAAUGGUCGCUUCCUCCUCCAGGCAAGGGCACUACACGACCAGUGUGUCCAAUACGUCAUCAAUUUUUCUCAAAAGGGAACUCAAGAAGAUGCCACAAAAGUUAUUUUAGCCAUCUCGUUUUUAUCCAACACCUGUGCGUUGUUCUCGUCCCCGGUGGACGCAGUCCCCAACGAGGUGAUCAUCCGUCUGACGGUGGGCCAAACGAGUUGCGGGGGGUCCUCAGCGGGGAGGAGCAAAGGAAAGGACAUGGACAGGGAAGGAAGCACAAACCGCUACGGGAACAAACACUGCGAAGUGUUUAAUUAUUACAAGUACAAAUACGCAUAUAAGAGCAUGUGCAGAGGGUCCUUGGACAGUGUCUCCAUCUUCGGGGGGGACGUCCUCUCCUUCGCGAAUAAAGUUAUUAGUGACAUCGAGUUGUGCAAGGGGGAGCUCGAGUAUGUAUACAUGAUCAUCAGGCGGUUCGUCAUCCCUGCAGUUUUUGGAGACCCCGAGACUGGAAGCGAUCGCACCUUGAGGGGCAACCACAAAAUUUUGGGAAACCGCGCUGGGGGGGACUUCCCCCUAGGAAAGGACGAAAGGACUUACAUCCUGACGCUCCUGCUGAAGCAAAGCGAUAUCCUGAUUGACCGGUGCUGCGCGUGUAAGUACCCGGCCCGCAUUUUGGAGCUGCUGUUCAUCACGCUGUUCCACCCGCUUAUUAAAAUAAUAGAGUACGGACAGACGAAGCUUUCCAUAAUUAGAUGCGCUGUGAUCCCUUUCCUCUCAUCAUUCAUUUUUUCACUUAUCCAAAACGAGGACAUGAUCCAAGUGAGUAGCGAGUAUCUAGACCAACUUGUCCGAGUCAUAGUCGACAUUCUAAUCUGCAAAGAGUUCGUCCUAGUGGAUUUAAAAAGGAGUUUUGCAAACGACCACUACAAAAUGAAGAGAGGUAAUAUCCUUCUGCACCACUUUGUGAAUGAGCAAAUAUGUUAUUAUUUUUUGUCGAGGUUAGAAAGGAACGAGGAGAUUCUCCUUCCGGCAGAUCUUUAUCGAGUACGACACACGUCCAUCUUCCUCAGGCUGCUGGCCCUCAUCGGACAUAACAUCCAGCUGAGGGGACUACAAGCCCUGUGUUGCCUCGCAAAAUAUUUCAAGUAUUUAAAGAAGACUCAAAGAAAGGUUCUCAUUUCAAAGGUGAACCAAUUACUUCACGAUGAUCAUUUGAGUAACACUCGUCAAUACUUGGAGCUGUUUUGUCUCUCGGUUAGCUCCUCGUCCUUUGUUUUGCUGUACCCACACUUAAGGAGGAACCUAGCGGAUGGAAACACAAACACGCAGCUAACUGUGAGCACCCUCAUCAUAUGUUCUUACAUUAUACUAAAAACUAAGUUAAGUUACUACUCCUUUGAGGAACUGUAUGUCAGUCCGUCCUUCGCUCGUGUGUGUCUCUCGAGUGGGAAAUUUCGGAUGAGCCAAGUGGUCCCUAAAGUGGUCCCUAAAGUGGUUGCUGCACAAACGGGGGCUUCCCACCUGGGGGGGAGGAAGAAGAAGAAGAGACGCUCCAAAGAGGACACGAGAGAAAUCAAACGAAUUAUUAACAACAUCGUAAAGAGAAACCAAAACGACAAGGAGAGAAUUGUGCAGGAUGUGCAAAGGUGCAAGCAGAAGCUGGCGCGCCACUUCUUCUCCGAGUAUAUCCGAAAAUGCCUCGUCGCAUUGAUCACCCGAAUCGUGGCUCUCUGCUCUUCCCACGCGGCGCUGGUGAGGAGCAUCGCCCAGUAUACGUUUUACUACUUUGUAAAAGGGAGGAAAGAAAUUUUAGUCGACCCAUUUUUUCAAUGCACCUACUCAUACAUUAAACACAAUAAGGACUGCAAACGGAUUCGCAAAAAGAUGAAGGCUCAGUUUCGCCAUUGGACCCCAACCCCCUUUGACGACAUCCGGAUCCUCCUGCCUGCAUGCAACUAUUCCUACGACUACUUCGACGAGGAUUUUAAUGAGGAAAACACAAACACGUUUGCCCAUGUGCUCAGGAAUUACGAGUUGGUCUCCUCCUACUCCUUCAUCGACACGGUGAGGAAGGCGGUGCAGCAGGAGAUGUCUGCUAUUAUGUUUAACGUGGACUUGGAACGGCAGCGCAGGGAGGCCCAAAACAGAAAAAACUACCAAAAAAAAUUCGACCCAAUCAGUGACAUCAUUCAGGUGAAUAAUGAAUUUAGAAGAACCUAUCACCAGCUAGCCAAAACAAAGACAAACAAAAAAUUAAUCGUAGUAGCAUCCCUCAUAGAUAAAAUACCCAACUUAGCUGGUCUCUGUAGAACAUGUGAAAUUUUUAAAGCACAAAAAUUGCUUCUUCAUAAUGCUGAUAUUGUGAAGGAUUUUCAAUUUCAGAAAAUUUCUUCGACUGCAAAUAAAUGGAUGAAUAUAGGCGAGUUAAAAAAGGGAGAGUUGCUGAAGUACUUAAUGAAUAAGAAAAGGAAGUAUGCCAUUGUCGGGUUGGAACAGACCAAGUGUAGUGUACCCCUGAACAGGUUUGCCUUCCCGGAGAGGACGAUUUUAAUUUUGGGGGAUGAGAAGGAGGGCUUGCCUUCGUCUGUUUUGCUUUUUCUUCACCACUGUAUCGAAAUUCCCGGCAAGGGCAUCAUUCGCUCGCUAAACGUCCACGUCUCCGCGGCGAUCACCAUUUACGAGUAUUUUAAGCAGCACCUGUUGUGA